AUCAGUGUCCUCAUGGCGCGCACUCUGGGACGCGUUUUGUUAGCAACCGCCAAGCAUGGCUGUGGUAAUAGAAUAGCCCGUGUAAUUUGACACUUCAACUUGCCGUGCUCUACGCUAGUUGAUUCAGGCAGUCGCACUCAGGCGAAAGCCUUGUGCGCCUUUUCUCUACUGUUUUGCAAAGUAUAAAGGAGGGGAAAAAAACCCAAAACAAUACGCGACGCGACUUGCGCUGAGGCAGGAUUUUUCCCGGAGCCGCACUCGGAUCAGAUCUGAAAGUGCGCUGGAGGCCGGUGUAGCUCCGAGCGGGGACAGAAGGAGAUUCCCCACCGACUCUAUGAAGGGAGGGGAGGGGGAGGGGGAGGGGGGCACUCACCACACCGCAAGCCUGCACUGCAAACAGAUCAGCUCUAUGAUUGAUGAGGAUAUAAGGGUGGAUUGGCUAAACACUAAACAAAGAAACCUACCGCGUCCUCUGAGAGAAGAACUUUAAUGGCUUCCAGGUAGAGAGAAAGAGACAGCAAUCAAGAUGAAUUCAAUUCCUUCGAUGGACAGACAUAUACAGCAGACCAAUGACAGACUGCUGUGUAUCAAACAGCACUUACAGAACCCGGCCAAUUUUCAGACAGCGGCUACAGAGCUGCUCGACUGGUGUGGCGACCCGAGAGCAUUCCAGAGGCCGUUUGAGCAAAGCCUGAUGGGAUGUCUGACGGUGGUGAGCCGUGUUGCCGCACAGCAGGGUUUUGACUUGGACCUGGGCUACCGGCUCCUGGCUGUGUGUGCAGCCAACCGGGACAAGUUCACCCCAAAGUCAGCAGAAACCAACACCUGCAGGAGAUGUCAAAGUGACUCAGCACUGCUGUCGUCCUGGUGUGAGGAGCUGGGUAGGCUUCUCCUGCUGCGGCACCAGAAGAAUCGUCAGAGCGAACCCCCGGGCAAAGUGCCUAUGCAGCCACCCAUGAACUCCAUGAAGCCCUCGCUAUCCCACGGUGAUGGGUCCUUUCCGUAUGACUCGGUUCCCUGGCAGCAGAAUGCCAACCAGGCCCCAGGCUCACUGUCAGUGGUGACGACUGUGUGGGGGGUGACCAAUACAUCACAAAGUCAGGUAUUGGGCAACCCCAUGGCUAACACAAACAACCCCAUGAACCCUGGAGGCAAUGGAAUUGGGUCUGGCAUGUCAGCCAAUAACCCAGGGCUGAACUCCCCUCAGUUUCCUGGCCAACAGCAGCAGUUCUCAGCCAAAGGUGGCUCCAACCAGGCCUACAUGCAGCAGGGCAUGUACGGGCGAACAGGGCAUCCUGGAGCUGGAGGAUUUAGCGGGAGUUACCCGGGUGGUCCGAAUGCUCCAAGUGGCAUAGGCAUGCCCCCUCACACUCGGCCUCCGUCCGACUUUACCCAGCCUGCUGCUGCUGCCGCUGCUGCUGCUGUCGCUGCUGCUGCUGCCACUGCAACAGCAACUGCCACGGCAACUGUGGCUGCCCUGCAGGAAACCAACAAGGACAUGAACCAGUAUGGACAGAUGUGCUCAUCAUUUCAGAUGGGCCCUGCGCAGGGCUAUAACAGCCAGUUUAUGAACCAGCCCGGACCCCGGGGACCGCCGGCCAUGGCAGGAGGCAUGAACCCAGCUGGCAUGGGUGCUGGCAUGAACAGCUCCAAUAUCAGCGGCCCUCCAAUGGGCAUGAACCAGCCCAGGGCACCAGGAAUGGGGCCGUUUGGGGCCCAUGGCCAAAGGAUGCCCCAGCAAGGAUACCCAGGCCCCAGAUCUCAGUCCAUGCCAAUGCAGGGCACAAAGAGGCCCUAUCCUGGAGAACCCAACUAUGGGGGACAGCAGUUUGGACCUAAUGGCCAGUUCCCCAAUCAGCAAGGACAGUAUCCAAACCCUAAUGCGUCCAGAGCCCUGCCCUCUCCCAGUUACCCCGGCCAGAGGAUGCCAGGCCAGCAGGGAGCAGGCCAGUACCCACCUUCAGGAGUACCCAUGGGCCAAUACUACAAGCAGGAGCCAUUUAAUGGCCAAAAUAAUAAUUUCUCUGGAGGUAGUUAUGGCUAUAAUCAAGGCAGUGGGCCUCCUCGGCAGGUUGUGAACUAUCCUCAUUCACCCGUUCCUGGGAAUCCCACACCGCCCAUGACUCCAGGAAGCAGUAUCCCUACAUACCUCUCGCCCAACCAGGAUGUCAAGCCUCCUUUUCCCCCUGAUUUGAAACCGAAUAUGACGUCACUGCCUCCACCACCGACUAACCCCAAUGAGGAGCUGCGGCUGACCUUCCCCGUACGUGAUGGUGUGGUGCUCGAGCCAUUCAGACUGGAGCACAACCUGGCUGUCAGCAACCACGUCUUCCACCUGCGGCCCUCUGUUCAUCAAACACUCAUGUGGAGAUGCAUGGAAUGCAGCUGUAUUCAGUCUGACCUGGAGCUGCAGUUUAAGUGCUACCACCAUGAGGACCGGCAGAUGAACACGAACUGGCCAGCGUCGGUGCAGGUCAGCGUUAAUGCCACGCCACUCACCAUCGAGAGAGGAGACAACAAGACAUCCCACAAACCCCUGCACCUGAAGCAUGUGUGUCAGCCGGGAAGGAACACCAUCCAGAUUACCGUCACAGCCUGCUGCUGUUCUCACUUGUUCGUGCUGCAGCUGGUGCACCGGCCGUCAGUGAGAUCCGUCCUGCAGGGCCUUCUCAAGAAGAGGCUCCUGCCAGCAGAACACUGCAUUACCAAAAUAAAGAGAAAUUUUAGCAGUGUAGCAGCGUCCUCUGGGAACGCGACACUGAAUGGAGAGGAUGGCGUGGAGCAGACGGCCAUCAAAGUGUCCCUAAAGUGUCCCAUAACAUUCCGGCGGAUCCAACUCCCAGCCCGGGGACACGAUUGCAAGCAUGUGCAGUGCUUUGACCUGGAGUCCUACCUGCAGCUGAACUGUGAGAGAGGGACGUGGAGGUGUCCUGUAUGCAAUAAAACCGCGUUACUGGAAGGUCUGGAAGUGGACCAGUACAUGUGGGGAAUUCUCAAUGCCAUCCAAAAUUCGGAGUUUGAGGAGGUCACAAUUGACCCCACAUGUAGUUGGCGGCCGGUGCCCAUAAAGUCUGACCUGCACAUAAAGGAGGAUCCAGAUGGCCCUCUUGCCAAGCGCUUUAAAACCAUGAGUCCCAGUCAGAUGAUCAUGCCUAACGUGAUGGAUAUGAUCGCUCAGCUGGGGCCGGGACCCUCACCCUACACCUCCCUCCCACCUCAGCAUGGAGGGAACAACACAGAGUACGCCAGCCAAGGCAACAGUUACCAGGGCCAUGGAAACUUUGAUUUUCCACACAGUAAUUCUGGUGGAGGAGCUCCAAUAAAUGACUUCAUGCACGGCCCUCAGCUUUCACACCCUCCGGAUGUACCCAACAACCUCAUGGGUCCAGACAAACCUCUGAGCCACGGCAUGGCCGACUCGAUGCCUCAUCCUGUGAGUGCUGAGCAAUCCCAUGCUUCUAUGCCACCAGGCAUGCACGUAUCGCCCCACCCCAACAGCCAAUCAGCACAGCCAUUACAUCACAGCGGCCCUUCAUCUGGCCCUCCCCCACGGCAAGCCCCGCCCCUGCAGCAGCAACAGCCUGGCCCCAACAGCCACACGCACGGUGACAUGACCUUUAACCCUGGUGCUGAGGGCCAGGUGGGCGGUCAAGGGGCAGCAGACAUGCCCGAGCCCUCUCUGGAGCUGCUGCCCGAGCUGGCCAACCCAGAUGAGUUACUGUCGUAUCUGGACCCUCCGGACCUCCCAAGCAACAGCAACGACGAUCUGCUCUCCCUCUUUGAAAACAACUGACUUCCCUAACCCACCUUUAUCUGAGGCACUGACAUGUUCAGCUGUCAGGAGUCAAGCAGAACCCUGACCACCAAUUCAGUACUUUACAACCGCAAAACACUCGUCCUCCUUCUGCCUCUACUUGUGUAAAUAUCUCACUCUUUUACGGACGUCCUUUUUCCACACAUCUAUGGCAGCCAUGUUGGUUGGCACUAAAGUGAUAUUUCAAUACUAAUAUGAAAAGAAAAAAAAAAAAACUGUGCAGCUAUAAUCAUAAGAAUAUAUGUCACACAGAACUGUAUGUGUGCUCACUAGGAAAGUGUUGUAGCAUUUUUUAAUUCAGAUUUUUUUCCUUUUGUGAAAAGCAAGACCUGAAUAGAAAAAAAAAAGAUACUUCCUGUACUGGCUUAUGUGUGUGUCCUCCCAUGAGCAUUCUGAGGUUUGUUCUUCCAAGCUUUAUGUCCACAGCUUCCCAAAUCUCCCAUCUAGUGUUUUUGACUGGAUGUCCUCAUUGUAUGUCAGAAGUCCCUUGGAAAAAGCACAACAACAUUCAGCAGAACUGCAACCGGAAGACUGAAAAGGAAAACAUCACAGGAACCAAAGGCUGCAUCACAGUCACUGAGAGGUUUAGCAUCAUAGCAAUGUGGUACUCCCAUCUCACAGACUUAAUGCCAGGCCUCUGAAGUCCUCAUGUAGCUCAUGUGGAACGUGCGAACGUGUGAUGUGCGGGAAUCCCAUUCAGAUCGGCAUAGCAUAUCUCGUUUUGUCCAUUAUAUUCACUCGCGAGUGUUGUAUUCAAAUCAAAACAAGUUCCCGAGGGCAUUGUGACAAUUCAUUUCACUGUUUUUUAAUAGGAACGCCAACAUAUCAAUACUGUAUGUGUGAUAACGUGCAUCAAUAACCAGCACUGUACCUCCUUCACAAAUCUCUCCAUCUCAGAGUACCGUGGAAUCAAAAGUCGGUGGGCAACGCAAUUCAUUUUGUAACGUAAGAAGUAAUGCAAUCACUUUUUAAAGAGUAGUUUGAGUGUUACAACAUCUGUGUCCUCUGUCAGCUGUCUCUUCUGGGAGUCUUUCCCCAUUUAAUGCAUGAGCUUUAUCCCUCCCAGGCCUGUGAUGUCAUGAAUAACAAGAACUCCGUGUGUGCAUACAGUGUGUUCAUUGUGCACUCGUGCCAAUCCCACGUUGUUUUAGUGACUGAACCAAGUGUAGACUGAUUUUCUUCUUCUUUUUCUUUUCUUUUUUUUUUUUUUUUUUUAAACCAGUGCGUUCAGACGUGUUCCUCUCCUGUUUUUAUUCAUUUCUGACACGAACUAUGAUCAUGUAAGGACUACGUUUGUUACGCGCAAUAUAUUGUUCAUGAUAUAAUUCCUGUUUUUCGCCCUGUUGUUGUAACUCUCUAAAUGUACAGUGUAUGUGCGUUUAUUACAAAAUGGCCAUGUAUUACCAAAGUUCUGCAUAGUGAUUGGAGGAGAUGGCCCAAUCCUGUCGUACCAAGCUAAUAAUCUUUGAUCGAGAUGGUUAAGCAUGUGACACCUUCUUUUCCGCCGAUGCAUUCACACAACAAUAUAAUUAUCACACAGUAUUGUAUGGUACAAUAAUUUUUAUAGUCUUGGUUUUGUAGAGGUUACAUAUCUAUGUACAAUUCUACAUAAUCGGUUUUAUUUUUAUCCCGAUAACCCCCUGAAAGAGUCGAAGAAAUGAUAUUUUUCCUACGUGUGUACAUUUUGGCUUUAGGCCCAACUCGACAAGUCAAGAAGGAAACCACUCAACACAUCAGAUCACUGUUUAACAGUUUUUGUAUUAUGAAACAAUAUAAAUUCAGCAUAAUAGGAACUGCAAAUAAAUAUGAGUUACUCCUUGCGUAUUUAAAUUCUGUUAAUCGUCGAAAUGUACUGUAUGUUUGCUUUAAGUUGUUUUGUUUGUUUUUCUUUUCUCAAACGAUACAUUGACUCGUUUGAGCUUCACACGCGUACAGCUGAAUACCUUUCACGAUGUGUUUUAUUUUUCAAUGUUCAUUUCCAUUUUAAAUUAUUUUCUAUCACAGACUGUUGGUGUUCAGUUAUGUAUAGACCUUAUGUUCGUUGCUGACACAUUUUAAGUCCUAAACAGGCAAAUGUGCUUUAGCUCAUAGCUCCAGUCGGUUUGUAAUUCACUUGUGUCUUUUUUCUUUCUUUCUUUUUUUUUUUUUUUUUAAACUGAUGCACUGCCACAUUUUUUGUUCUUACUUUGUAGACACCUACAGACAGAACCUGAACUGAACUCUCCACUUGCACAUUGCUUACACUGCAGGUUGUUGAGACGAGUCCCUGUUUUAGACCUGUCACUUACUGUAGCUGUACAGUUAUUGGAGAAGAACGCGAGUCGAUGUCGAGACAGUUACAGUGAAAUGAAUUUGACGCUGUUUGUCCCUGAUUCAGCCACAGGUCUCAAUGGGAAACGGUUUGAAAGAAUGCCCUAGCAGGGGACAUAAGGGAUGCAUGUACAUAUGUAAAUGACAAAUAGAGACACGUUAACAGAAAUGUAUUCAUUUUCCCCAGGGGAAUGUGCAUUGUGUAUUUAGAAUUUGUAAAGCUUGCAACCUCCUAUCAGACUCGAAUUGGGUAAAAUGAAUCUGUGUUUGUUAGCGUCUGUGGAACCUCUUUCCGAUUUUUCGUUUUGUUUUGUUUUGUUCUUUCGUUUCACUUAUGUAAAAUAUUUCCAAUGCCUCCUAGAAAAGGGGAAUUAUGGGGGCAAAGAGACACAUUUGUUUCACCUUUGUGUAAUUAGCUUCUGUGUAUUGCUCCAUUACCUGUGUACUCUAUAAGGUGCUACAAAAGAUGAAGAAAAUCCUGGGGAAUAAUUUGGAGGAUGGGACAUGGGGCCUGGAGUAGUUCCAAAAGAUUGUAACCAAAUUAAUAGUUUGUACAAUUUUGAUAUCAUGAUCAGAGGGGGGCGGGGGGCGGGAAGGUACAAUCUGAGGUGAUUGGCGCCUAAAGUGGCAGUUGUCUUUUUUGUUUUGUACAUUCUGUGUACAAUCAUUUCAUAUUCUAAACUGUUCGGAAGAAAAAAACUAAUUGUGAUUUUUAGUCUUGCAAAACUGUAUGUAGUUAGAUGCUGUGACAUCCUAAUAUUUAUCUAAUAAAUAUGUAUUCAGAUGAAACAUG